GCUCAAGCUGAAGUCCACUCUCACUACAUAGAAACUUCUACAAAUUUUGUUGGUAACGAAAACGAUUGACAAUGGACAAAGGCAAAGCAGUGAUGGGUUCGGGCCGCCGCUGGGCCGUCGAAUUCACGGACAAUUCCACCUCGCACUCCUCGCGCAACAUUCCUGAUCCUCCCGGCUUCACUCGCGCUUCGCAAGAACAGGAUGAUUCAGCCAUGACCAAACAGAAGAAGGACGCAGAAGCCAACUGGAAAGCUCAGAAAGCCUGGGAAGUCGCACAAGCGCCUAUAAAAAAUUUGUUUAUGAUGGGCUUCAUGAUGUGGAUGGCUGGAAGCACAGUUCAUCUGUUUAGCAUUGGCAUAACAUUUUCAGCUCUUCUGCAGCCUGUAAAUGCGCUUCGAGGGGUUGGCAAAGUCUUUGAGCCUUACAAGGACAACAGAGUGGACUUGAUGCUGCCUAAAUUAGUUUUUAUCGCACUUAAUUUGGUAGGCUUAGGACUGGGCGUCUGGAAGCUUAACACAUUGGGUCUUCUUCCAACUCAUGUGUCAGAUUGGGUUUCAUCCCUACCCCCAGCUCAGGAGGUCGAGUAUUCUGGCGGAGGCAUUCCACUUGUCUGAGUUGUCGAGAUGUGUAGUGUGUGUCGCAGGUCUUACUUCUGUUAAUCGCUGUGGUCGGGGACUCGGAGGGCAGAGUCAUGUAUAUUGGUGUUCAUUAUCAUAAUCAUGUUUAACUGUGUAUUGUAAUCCUCAAACUACAUGUUUGCCUAAUUUUAUGCUAGAAGUAUUUUGCUUCAGCGUUGCGAGGUUCUCUUAGUCAGACUGUAAUACAAUAUUGUAAUAUUUGUACAGAAUUUUAAGGAAGCUUGAAAUUAUAAGCUAUUAGCCACUCA